AAUCUAUUUAUAGGCACCUGGCAACCGGCCAAUUCCACGGCAACGGCACACACUUUUUUAGAAAAUAUUAUAAAAUGAAUAAAAUAAUCCUAAUUAUCUCUUUAAUAAUCCCCCUGGCAACGAGUGAGAAUUCCACGGAAACCUGUUCAAGUUUUUCCAUGACAACCAAUCAAAAUGAAUUUACGUCGCCAUGGUAUCCGGAUAAUUACCCCAGCAACGUCCAGUGCACCAAGCUCAUCGAGGCGCCACACCCCACCAACGUCAUCCGCCUCCACUUUAUCGAGCAAUUCGCCCUGGAGUACACCCUCGAAGACCAACAAUCCUGUAACCAUGACUACCUCGAAAUCCGCGACGGCCAGUUUGGCUACUCUUCUUUAGUGAAUAAAAUCUGCGGGACCACGCCCCCGAUUUACAUCGAAUCCAGCGGACCGUUUCUAUGGUUACGCUUUAAAACGGAUGGAAACAUUGAAUAUAAUGGGUUCAAAAUCAAAAUCGAGUUUGUCGAGGGGUUGGUUGACUCCCCCGAAACGACCCCCUGCACCACCCAUCUAAACCUCGAAACCCACCCGAACCUCACCAUAGAAACCUCAAAAAACAUCCCCAUGGAGAUAAUUAACCAGUCCCUAGCAACCAGUUUCCAAGUUGACUGCACCUGGAUCGUGACCGCAGCGGAGGACCAGAAAAUAUUUCUCCAGUUCAUAAAAUACGAGCUCCAGAGCCCCAACGACUGCGAGUUCAAUUUCGUCGAGAUUUACGGUUCGAAAACGGAAUUGGAAGGUGACGAAGGGAGGUUGAAACAGUUUUGCAGUUCGGAUCGGGAAUAUGUCACGAGUCCCGGGAAUAAACUGCAUUUACGGUUUUUUUCGUAUUUGGAUCUGGAAAAGAGGAGUUUGAAGAGUAGUUUGCUCGCGUAUUUUAGCGUUUUUAGGGCGCUGGAGGGGGCGGAGGAAUGCGACCCCCUGACGGAAGUGGACUGUCGCGAUUCCACUUGUGUUCCGAAGAUUUUGAAAUGCGACAGCAUCGAUAAUUGUAAAUCGAGGAAUGACGAGGAUGAGAAGUUGUGUGGGGCGAAAGACACCUUCCAGCUGAAGACGAACAUUUUGAUCAUAGCUUUUUUGGGGAUUUUGCUGAUGAGCGGAAUGUGCUCGGGACUCAUGCUCAACGUGUAUCGGAAGCUGAAACAGGACAAGGAGGAGAUGCUCGAGAUCAUGCGGACCUCCUCGCUAAAAAUCUACCCCCCAUCGCAGCCCCCCACCACCUCCACCCCCCAAGAAACCCGGAAGUCCUCCUCGACCUCAAAAUCCUCAAAGUCCGCCCCCCCCACGGUGAUCCAGCAGCCAUUUUAUUACAUCCCCCCGAAACCAUACCAACCGUCACGGCUGGUGAAAAUGAGACACACCGACGACGAUCACCACGCCGACGCCGCUGAGGACGUUGUCAUGGAAAUGCGAGAUUCGAGCUGUCAAACUAUCGAUCCAACCACACGCCCAUCUGAUUUACUCGUGUGGAUUAAAUAAUAAUCGUUGUCAUAGAGAUUUUUUUAUAUGAAUUAGUAGAAUAAAUAAAUAAAACCAUGGCAAAGAAAAA